AUGAAGCUCUGGCGCCAGCGGCAAGAGGCCAAGGGCAAAGGCAAGGGCAAGGCCAUCAGCACGGGCAUCGGUUCUGCCUCUCUCGGCGACCUCACCCUGCGGGAUGCUUCCGACCCCACUGAGCGCCCUGGGCGGCCCUCGACCGACAGCGUCCGACCAGGGCUACCCACCUCGAGCAGCUCCAGGGUCGGCUUCCCCAGCCUCGGCAGCGACCGCACCCUGGCACCGCCAAUAGCCACCCGGACGCGCGCCAUCAGCGCCCCAAAGCUGAGGCCCAAGACGUGGGUCAGCCAGCUGAUUGCAGCCGCCAACACCGCCGGCGAAGGUUCCGCUUCGGGCCUCGAGACGACCUCCCAGGCAGCCGAACGCGCCCGAGCGCAGUCCAGUCCGCGGCCCGUCCCCGUCAGCACCCUCGUCCUCUGCCGCGACAACGACGACAGCGACCGCGCCCAGGCCGAAGAGGCGCUCCGCUGGGUCGAGGCCGAGGCCGCAUCCGACGCCGCACUGGCCCGUAGAGGCUCGGCCUCGGGCGGAUCCGCGCUGAGCAGCGUGGCGCACAGCCAGUUUUCCAAGUCGGCGCCCUCGCUGCCGUUGACAGAGACCAUCACCCGGUACCAGGACAACGGGGCGCUCGAUCUGCUGCCGCCCUUGACGCCGGUCGCCGAGCCUUUCCCUGUGCAAAGGGAGCCCGAGUCCCCGCUCGUGAUCCGCAACCUCGACGAGGCGCCGCGCGGUGCCUGGACGCCGGCCAUCGACCCGCCUGCCUCGACAAACCUGCCCGGCCCGUCGCGCCUUCGCAACCCGUGGGAGGCGCGCAGCGAGGAGGAUGACUUGGUCGAAGAAGCGGUGGCAAGCAGCCGCUCGACGCACAAGCUCGCCGUGGAGGAAGAGGCGGUCCUGAGCAUGCUCGACGCGAUGGGCCGCCAAGCCGCCUCGGGCCACGCGACAAGCAGCCGACCACCACCUUCCCCCACCUCCGCCUCGAGCAGGGCGCCGACUAGCCCGGCCUCGCAGUACAGCACCGCCUUCAAGUCGCCUGCGCCGUCGGAAGCUUCCCAAUUCUCGCAGGCUUCGGGCGAAAGUGAAAUCGCUGCGGCACCGGCAACCAAGCUCGGCGCCGUCAAGGAUGCUGUCAGAGAGCGAGAGGAGCUCGAUCGAGCCGCCAGCGCCUCCAGUGGCGCAAACGAUGCUCCAAACUCAGCCUCGACCGGCUGGCUGGCCCGCGGUUCCGCCCUCCGCAAAAAGGCGAGCUCGUACUUUUCGGCAAUCGGCUUCGACGUCGCCGACGAGAACGAGGCUGGCGGCGAGGCCGUCGAUGCGGCGGUCGCCGGCAAGGCGAUAGGCACGGACGUGGCAACUGCGGCCCCGCAGCAGCUGAGGCCACCGAUGCUGAGCCGCCAGACGACAUCAGCCGCCCACUAUGACCGCGGUGGGCCUCGGAGCGGGGACAGCGGCGCGGCGACCCCUGCCUCUCGCCAUGGCGUCUUUGCCAGGAUGCAGCAGGAGGAACAAGAGUCGGCGCAGCGCCCGCAGUGGGAUGUCAAACGGCCGGAACUGCCGCACCGCGGCUCAAAGUUCUCCACCUCGAGCAGCAUCGGCGGCGGCCUCUACGGCCGGCCUGCCGUUUCGCCGGGCGGGCUGCUGUCGCCCACGUCGCCCAUGGAUGGCAGCUUGAUCUCGUCUCAGGACAAUGCCACCAGCCUCUGGAGCCGGCCGGCGCACGCGCCCGACACGCCCAACACAUCGCACGACCCACGAUCGCCGAACCAUGCCUCGGUGCUGAGUCGCUGGAACAGCAGCAAGUUUGGCGCUGCUGCGGCGUCUACAGCGCGUCCGGGCUACUCGCUCGAUCCGGACAAUGCAGCCGGCCCUGUCGGCAGCAGCAGCAGCAUUCUCUUUCCGCCCAAAUUCCGACGCCAGACGACCAACUGGACGGAUGCCACCAGCGUCGCCUCGCAUGAUGCCGACGGUGACUUUCUCGACAAGGGCCGGCCGACGGUGACGGUGACGGUGACCGCUGCCACUUCGGCGAGUGGGUCAUCGGUCGCAUCGAACCAGGACUCGCAAGCACGGCACGAAGCCGUAUCUACGAGCGACGCCGCAUCGCGCUCUUCGCGCCGCGCCGCAAGCCAGAGCGAUUCGAGCGCCGUCGGCAGCGCCGUCGCGUGCAAAAGCGUGCGCAGCGGGUCGGCCACGAUACCGCCAUCGAGCGCUGACGGUGACGUCGCCGAACCCUCGGUCUUCUCAUCGCGACUGUCCCGGCAGGCGGAUAGCGUUGGCCUGCAUUCGGUAGCAGCCCCGGCAGCUCCGCUCAGCCCGAUGCCUUCUUCUCCGACCAAGGCCAAGGACCUCAUCCGCUUCUUCGAGACCGCCGGCAGCGCGACGCCGACUGGCUCGCCAAAGCCCGCCUCAAACCCGCCGUCGCCCACCAAAGUGAGCCUUCGCACCGCCAAAAAGAUCCUUGCCGAGCCCGACGGCGACGCAGCUGCCGGCGACGCGCUUCAAGUCACGCCAAAGCGCCUGGUAUUCCCACUCGGAGCGUCCAAUAGCAACCCCAGCAGUGCCACUGCACACGAUUCGCCACUCACCCUAUCGUCAGUCUCGCCACUCGCCGCCAAGCUGCGUGCUGGAGGGGUCGCAGGCCGAACGAGGCUGCGCUCCAGGAUGGUCGCUGCCGGCGGCGCGGGGCUGGACGGCGGCUUGGACGAUGCGGACUUUUCGGACGAGGAGAACAUGGCUCCAUCGUCGGAGGCGACACCGGUCAGGGUCGGUGCGGCCGCGCGCAGGCGGCUCAGCGGCUCCUCGACGUCGACGAUGACGCGGGCCACCGGGGUCCUCCGACCUCCCCUUGCAAGUGCAUUCGCGCUUCCGAACGAGGGCCACGCGAUUGGACAUGUCCGGAGCGGGUCCAGCCCGGCGCCGCUGUCCUCGUCGCUAGCGGUCGGCACCGCCGCUCAACGCGGCCUCGCCGGUCCCUCGUACCGUCAGAGUGGAGGCGCUACAUCGGAUGGCAUGGCCGCCACGACGGCCGCGGGCGGUAGCGUCGGCAAGAGAAGCGGAGGCGGCGGUAGCAACGGUGGGAGCGGCUUUCCCUUCCGCAGCAGCGUUCGCAGCAUCGUCAACGCCAUCGCCGGGCGCAACGUCGCCGAAGGUCCGAGCCCCAGCCGCAGCGCCGUCGACAAGCCAAAGAAGCUCAAGAAGGCGGUCAGCACUGGAUGGGACUACACAAAGGAGCCCUGGGAAGCGCAGCAGGCAGACGCAGAGGCGGCCAGGAAGAAGGAGCAGGAGGACGAGGCCGAGGAAAAGGACGAUUCGCUCAGCGUCGCCAGCAGGAUGACUCUGGGCACCAUCGCCUCGUUCAGGCAUACGGUCGAGCGAGGCCAGCUGCCCGAGAGCGCAGCGUCGGCCAUCGAGCUCUCGGGCGAGCCCAGCUCGACUCCGCCCGUCCGCUCCGGCGUGCUCUUCUACUUCAACGUCCACCAUCGCGAUCCGCACUGGCAGCGCGUCCAGGUGGUGCUGCUGCCUUCGGCGGUCGCCAUGAGCUGGAUCCCCGCUGGCGGAGGCAGGGAGAACGUGGUGCUCGACCUCCGAGCGUGCCGCGAGGUGCACUCGGUGCCCGGUCCCGAGCACCCCAGCAGCACGUCCGACAUCGGAGCGACGUGCGCCAGAAAGCAGGGGCUAGGCAGGCUGAGCCCAUUCCAGCUCAUCUUUGACGACGGAGUCGAGCGCCUCGCCGCCGAGAGCGCCAUGGAACGCGUCAAGUGGGUCAACUCGAUCUGGGACGUUACCGGCGUCUCACCGAGGGACCGGCCCGACCUGUCCGAGGCGGGGAUGCGCCCGGCCGCUGUCGAUCUGAACGAGCUUCGAUGGCCGGAUCCGGCCGCGCCUUCAUCCCGGCGGGAACCGCUGUCAUCGAUGCCGAGGGAAGCGACACACACGCGCUCGCGGACGGAAUCUGCGAUACCCGCGGCAAACUUGGGCCCCGGACGCUCCGAGUCCACCGCAUCGCCGCGCAGGACGUUGCCGGCCAGCCGGUCGACCAACACGAUGGAGGCCAUCGACCGCAUCGGCUCAAUCUGGAAGAGCGAGCUUUCGUCCGAAGCCGAUCCGCGCGAAUGCCAGCCCUCGAUUGCCGAAGCUCUGGCAACCGGGCCUCCGGUGCCUCCCAAGGACCCCGAAGGCGUGGCCGGUCCGGCUCGCCUAGCCCCGGCGAUAUCGUCGUCGGCGCUGGGUCGCCGGCAAAAGGUGCGCAGCUGGCGGAAGAUGGUGCCGGAUGAGGAAGGAGCUGCAGACGAGGGCUUCGUCCACGACUCGGCGGCCAAGAUGCCGACAAUGGUCCAAUCGCCACAGCAAAAGGUCAAGUCGCAGCCCGCCUCGUUUGCAGACGACUUCAGCAGCGACAAGCCGACACUUGCAGGGACGGAGGAGAUCCCACCUCGACAGCAAGACGGCGGCAGUGCGGGUCGCGAGCCGGGCAACAUGCCGGAUACAGCCGCCCCGACCGAGCUGCCAGAGGCGCAAGAUGCGACGGGACCGACUCGCGCCGAGGACGUUGCCUCGCUCCGCGUAGCUGAGCUUGACGCGCCACCAGAUGACGACCAGGGUGGAGCGGAAGCGGGAGCAGCAACGGACCGGGCCCGAGGCAGCGAUGUUGCUUCUCUCGCCGAGGUCUCGCCGGAUCUCGACGGGUACGAGUCGGCGCACUCGCACCCGAGCCAAGUCGACGAGUUCGGACCGCGGACACCGGUCAGCGAGGCCGUCUUCAACUGGUCUCGGCCCAAGCAGGACGGCGAGAUCCGACCGAGCGACUCGGCCAGCCAGCGCCCGGCAAGGAGCGAGUUUGGCACCAUCACCAGCCGGGUAUCUAUGGAAAAUCGGCAGGCUAAGGCGGCGUCGGCGACGGCGCCGACUGCCACGGUCGAUGACGCGGCACCUAAACUGACAGAAGCCAGCCUGACUGCGGUCGCGGAAGCCGAUGAUCGGACGCCUGCACAGAGGAUCCGCGACAAGGUCCUCGGCAGCGUGCAGGAGCCCGCCGCACGCGAAGCGCUCGCUGUCGAGCUGGACGCCGUGGCUGCGGGUGCGAGGCCCGAAAUGCAGCCAGCCCUCGCGCAAACGCUGGGCACGGUCAUCGAGGAGACUCAAUCGCAAGCCCAGAGCACCCGCGCCUCACGCCAGCAGGGCCACACGCCCAUCCUGACCCAGCUACGCGACGGCUCCGAGGUCGACGAGGUCAUCGCAUCGUCCGAUGUCAUCCGGCAGAGCCUCAAGUCGCCUUCGGCAGAGUCUCGGCUGUCCAAGCGCACCGCCAGCACCUCGUACUCGCAGGACGUCCACCGGCUCCUCGAGCAUCUCGAAGAGCAGCAACGCGCCCACAUGGAACGGGAGAAGCUCAUGGAGGACCAGAUCCGAGGCUUUCAGGACGUCAUCGCAGGCCUUCAGACCAAGAGCGCCAACGGGAGCAUCCGAUCGGGCCGCAGCCAUCGGCGCAGCUCGGCAUCCACGGCGGGCGAGAGUCGAUCGACGAGCAAGACCGACCGCGACUCGGAGCUGGCCGCGAUGCAGGAGAAGCUCGACAGCCUGCACAACCUCGUGGCCAACAUGGUGACCAGCCAGUCGCAGCGCAACCUGGACGCCGGCGCGAGCGGCGAUGCUCCGCCGCUUUCGCCUGGUCAGAGUCGGAGCGAGCUCGCGCGCAUCGAGAGCAUGCUAGAGAAGCUGAUGCGCCACCACGCCUCGGCGUCCGGCGACGCGGCCACGAUGCCCAGCGUGGAGCGCUCGCGUUCGAUCGUGCGCGAUGCCGUCCUCGCGCGGGAGCCGAGCCUGGUGCACGAGUGGGACCAGCUGCCGCCCGAGCUGAGGGGAGCCGAGCUGAUGCGGAGCAUGGAAGAGCGUGCCCGAUUCGGCCGCGACGGACGCCACGAAGCCAUUGCCCAGGACCUACUGAGUGUGCCGCCUCGACGGGGAAGCGCGCCUCCGAUGGCCGAGGACUGCGGCAGCCAGGCGACGCCACGAGCCAACCUCGAGACUCCCCGGCCCGACGGCCUGCGACCGCCCUCGCGCGCCAGCAUGGCAGCAUCCGUGUCGAUGACCGAUCUCGACUCGGUGGCGGGCCGUGUGCCGGCUCGGAGCUGGAUCUCGGCCGACGGCAUCCCUUCUCCACCCCCCAACUCUGAAUGGGACGCCGUCUCCAUCCGCAGUCGGAGGAUAUUUACGCCGCCGACGGCAGGGAUCUCCACACCUGCUCAGAACCUCCGCAUACACGGCGAUCCAAACAUGGGCGCGACGAUGCCGACGCCUCGGCCGGCCCUUGGGCCCGCACAGCCAAGCGUUGGCUCGGUCGACAUGGAGGCCGAGAUCCGCAAACGCCGAGCGCGCCAGCAAGCUGCCAACGGCACCGGGUCAGCCCAGCCGGGCGGCUGGUACACGCCGAAGGUUCCAUUGGCUUCGGCUGAAACCGGAGCCGACAUGGUGAUGGGCAAUGUCAGCUCAGACCCGCAGCGAGCGAGCGUCUCAGCCGCCGCUGCCGACACGCCGCGAGCGACGGACCAGCGCGGCGGUGUCGGAAUCGGGACACCCGCUGUGCCGUGGGCGCCCGGCGGACCAGCGCGCGACCCGGGGAGGCCCAAAGCUCCUGGCGAGGACACGCCUAGCGGCCUCGGAUUGUCUCUGGCGCGCAACGCCAACUCCGGAUCCUUCGAAGGACAGCGUUCUCAGGCCGCUGCUGCCGACCGACCGCGUGGACCGCAGCAGCCAGAGGCUUUCGACGUGCGCAAGCUCAACGUCUCAAGCAAGAACCCGGAGCUGGCCACCAUCCUCGAGGCGCUCAAGCAGAGCGAGGCGGCUCGGGAGCUGCAGGUCCGACAGCAGGGCGAGCUUGCCCGCUACGUCAACGAGCUGCACAGCUGGCUGGAGAAGGACGUCGCCGAGCGGUCCAAGGAGUUCAGGAUCCUGGCUACAGGCGUGACGCAGCUACACGACGAGCUCCUCGCCACCAAGCGGGCGAGACCGCUGCCGCCAACUCAUGGGCUGCCGCCGGCGGGGCUGUCGCCCACCAAUGUGCCGCCAGCAGCGAUGGCCGCUGCGGCAAUGGGCAAGACGGGCUCCGCCUCGUCCUUCGGCCCUCGCGCAAUGUCGCGCGAGUCGUCCGGCCAAACGGCGACGGCGACGGGCAUCGAGGGCCUGCCGCCAAGCUCGGGAAUGCCCAUUCCAAUUGUGACUCUGGGUGAUGCGUCGAUCCCGAUCACCGGACCUCCAGUCGGCCCGAAUCCGCACGACUCGGCCCUCACUGGCGCCGCACCAGCCGCAGCGUCAGCGCCGCCAACGAUGUUGCGGCCCGGAGGCAGCGCCUUGACGAGCGCAGCGCCGCCGGGCGUGGCUCCCCACAUUACCUUCGGCAACGGCGGCAAGUGGACCAACCUGCAGACUCCCAACCUCGACAAUGGCUUCACGACGCCCGUGCGCACCAAGCGACAACAGAAGCGGACUUGGCACGCCAAUACCCCGGCGGGGCCGCGCAAGCCCGAGGAGGCCUGGUACAAGCCCGACGACGCCGCAACCGGCGAUGGCAGCAAGCCGGCCCAGGCCAAGGACAAGGCCAAGGACAAGGACAAAGCCAAGGCGAAGCGGCCUACGCCGCUCAAGAGCAGCAGCUACAUCAGUACCGCGAGCGCCAGUAGCGACAGGUCGGCCAAGAAGUUUGUCGCGGCAGCCGGCGGUGCGCUUCUGGUGCGUGCCGCGCUGACAGAGUGGGAGGCGUUCAAGAUGCAGCAGCGUGCCGAGGGCAAGCCGGAGGAUCCGAUCCCUGCGGGCGCCUCCGGCGAUCCGGAGCUGGACCAGCGACUGCCGCUGCCUGAACCGAUCGCCUCCAAGUUGCGCGAUGCGGCCGAAGCGUGUGAUCAGGAGGGCGUCACCAGCGCCGUCCGGGAUGCUGCCCAGGUCGGUCUGGGCACGCAGGCCAUUAUCAAGCUGAGCGAGCAUGUCGAGAGGCUCGAGGGCAACGAGCGCGCUGCCGCUGCGGCGGAUGCCGAGGCCAACGAUGGGCCGCUUGACGGCGACACGCUUGCGCCCUCGGAGGUGGCCGAUCGCAGCGUGGGGAUGCCGACCCCGUCGCCGCACAAGACGCGGUUCGCCGAUGUGCCCGAGGAGAUCGGCAGCGUCAAGACUACGUCGAGCAGCCUGUCGACGGACAUGCGCGCCGUGUCCAAUGGCGGGCCGAGCACGGGCGCGCUGGCCCUGGCGGUCGAGGAGAUCCUCAAGCACCUGCUGGAGCGCAAGGAAGAGGAAAAGAAGCGCGCGGCGCAGGUGGAAGCCGCCAAGGCCAAGAAGGAGGCCGAGAAGCGGAAGCGAGAGCAGACGCAGCAAAUGACGGCGGCGCAGCAGAAGGAGGCGGAAAAGGCCGAGCUGGUCGACAUGAUCCUCAGCCGCCUCGGGCAGGAAAAGUCGAGGCAGGAGGCCGAACUCGUGAGGCAGCAGCGCGAGCUCGAUCCAAAGUCGGCCAUUGAGUCGCUGGUGACGAUGCUCAACUCGCAGCGCGAAAACGACCGGGCGAGCCAGGCGUCGGCGGACCGUGCGAUCAAGGAGAUGGCGUCGUCGCUGCUGCGCACGACGACCGAGCAGAACGGCAAGCUGGUCGAGGCGGUCAACUCUGCCGCGCGCGAGAUGCUCAAGCACAACAUCAACGCGCACGCCGACGAGCUCAAGCGGCAGCUGUCCAAGGAGGUGGCCGUCAUGUUUGAGGACGUUGGCAAGAUCCGGGAGGCCAAGCGCGCGCUCGAGCACGAGAUCGCCGACCUGUUUGCCAUCAAGAGCCGCCACCUCACCUUUGACGCCCACGGUGGUGGCGGCGGCAUGAACCUGGGCAUGCCGAUGCCGAUGCCCGUCAACCACGCCCCGGCCCAGAUUGCACCCUACUACCCGCCCGGCCCCGGCCCGGCUCCCGCUCCCGCUCCCGUCGCGCCGCCACAGCAGCCCCAGGCGCAACCCUGGCUGCCUCCUCACGCCUACGCCCUCGGCGGUCCGCCGUACUACCACUCGAUGCCGCCGCCCGGUCAAGACGCCGCCCCAACGAAAACGCGAAGCGCACCAAAGAGCGGCGGUUCCAAGGCCGUCAUCGAGGACAAGUCGCUGAGAAAGGCAGCCAAACAGGCGGCCAAGGCGGCGCUGGCUGCCAAGGUGGCGGAAAUGGCCGGCACGGCUGCCGCUCCGGCCGCGGCCAAAGCUUCCAAGGCUUCCAAAGCAGCCAAGGCUGCGCCGCCCGCCGCUGCAGUGGCACCAGCUGCGGCGGCGGCACCGGCAGCGACACCGGCGGCGGCAGUGAAGGGUAGCCUGGUGCCUGCCCUCCUCGGUGGCGGCAAGGACAUCCUGAACCCGUUUAGUAUCAAUUUCGGUCCGCGCGCGCCGAGGUGA